UUUUUGAACACGUUGGCGGACGAGGGAAUUCAAAACGACUGGAAUUUACGCUGAAAGGUUUCAGUUCUUCAUCACGAUGCAGAAUAAAGAAAAUUGUGACCCCAGAGGUUUUCAAAGACCCUUUGCAACACCUAGCUUGGUGACAGGGCCCCAGCGUGUUCAGGUGAUGCGUCGAGCAGAGAUGGACAAACUCUCUACCACAGGCCCUGGGAGAGAAUUUGUUGGGUCAUCCUCGAAUUCAACUUCAAAAAAAAUCUCCAUUGAUGACUUCGACAUUGGUCGACCACUAGGCAAGGGGAAGUUUGGCAAUGUCUACCUUGCGAGAGUAAAGAAUCUGCAAGCUAUUGUGGCACUUAAAGUGUUGUUCAAGUCACAGAUGGAGAAGGAGGGUGUGGAACAUCAACUCAGGAGGGAGAUUGAGAUUCAGAGCCAUCUCAAACAUCCCAACAUCCUGCGUUUCUACAAUUAUUUCCAUGACCGUAACAGGGUGUUCUUGGUUCUUGAGUAUGCCCCACGUGGUGAAAUGUACAAGGAACUUCAGAGAUGUGGAAGAUUUGAUGACCAGCGCACUGCCACAUACAUGGAGGAAGUAUCUGACGCUUUAUUGUAUUGCCAUGAGAAGAAAGUGAUUCAUCGUGACAUCAAGCCAGAAAAUCUUCUUCUUGGCUAUCGUGGGGAGCUGAAAAUUGCUGAUUUUGGUUGGUCUGUCCACGCACCUUCUCUGAGGCGCCGCACAAUGUGUGGAACACUGGACUACCUCCCUCCAGAGAUGAUUGAGGGGCACACCCACACUGAGAAGGUGGACCUGUGGUGCAUUGGGGUCCUCUGCUAUGAAUGCUUAGUCGGCAAUCCACCCUUUGAAACUUCCAACCAUUCAGAAACGUACAAAAGAAUUAUGAAGGUGGAUUUGAAGUUCCCCCGAUCCGUCUCAGAUGGCGCCCGGGACCUGAUCUCUAAGCUGCUUCGCCACAGCCCUAUUGAUCGCCUUUCACUACAGAAUGUUAUCGACCACCCAUGGGUGCGUGCUAACUCUCAUCGGCUCCUACCUCCCUCCUACCCCUCCAAGAAAUCCUGAGCCCACUUGGUCAACCUGCUCGCUUCCCUCUGAGGGGGGUUUCAUCUGUCCACCACAAUAGACUCUGGGCCAGCAUGUUUGUUACACGGCCAAGUGCUUCAAACCACCAUUAUUCUGUCAUAUUUUACACCCUCUUUUAUGUUGUACAGUGUGAUGUCAUUAUCUAUGUAUACUACUUUGG